AAAAAUUUCAGAGUUUCAGGUUAAGUCGUCGUUCUUUAGGUUUUGAGGUUAAGACACCAAAUUUUGGAGGGCGAUUGUUGCAAAUUGCUAAACGUUUCGGAACAGUGUUCGUUCUGAAGUAAUUAACACUUACUUGUCGAAUUGAAUGUUUGUAAAAUUUCUGAGCAUCUCCAGACUCGGCAUCGAAAAAAUAUACGGCAAAUUGAAUAAUCAACAAAAUCAUCUGGGAACUGUGCGAAAUAAAGUUACACACAAUAUUAUCCAGGGAUUAACAAAUUCAUUGUAAAAAUGUUUAAAAUAUGCCGAUAUAUUUUCCAAAGCUUUCCGCUGAAUAAAUUUCCAGGUCUUCGUAGUUUAGCCCUCAAUUCCUGCAGCGACAUUGCACAGGGUCAUACCGCUGGACUCAUUAUUAUCGGAGAUGAAAUUUUAAAGGCCCAAGUCAAGGAUACUAAUUCGUCAUUCAUGUGCAGGCUUUUAUAUGAGUGUGGCGUGAAAGUUAAAAAAAUAUCUGUGAUACCCGAUGACAUUGAUGUAAUCGCGAACGAAAUACGUGAUUUUUCGGAGAAGUACACGUACGUCAUUACUUCAGGAGGAAUAGGACCAACUCACGAUGACAUGACAUUUGAGGGAUUGGCGAAGGCAUUCAACGAUACAUUGCAUCAUCACCCAACAUUGGUGGAAAUUGUAAACAAAUUAUUAAAGCCACAAGCCCCAGACGCGCCGGGCUACAAAUUGGCACAUAUACCGAAGAAAGCCACUCUGAAAUUUGGCAUUGAUCCAAAAACUGGAAACUCCACGAAUUAUCCUUGCAUAGCCAUGAAAAACGUGUACGUUUUUCCAGGCUCCCCCGUAUUUUUGGAGUGCUCGUUCGGGAGUUUGUACAAGGAAUUAUUCAAGACUGAUCGAAAAUUCGUAAAAACUGAGCUCUUCGUUAACGCCAAAGAAGAUUGUUACGCCGCUGCGCUAACGAGGGUGGCAACAGAAUUUCCUCGAGUUACAUUUGGCUCUUAUCCAGUCAGUGACAGCGGUGUGGCAUACAAAGCAAGAGUUACGAUAGAAAGCGAAAACGAGUCUGAGACUAAUGAGGCGAGGGACAAAUUCGUCAGUCUGGUUCCUCCGGAAAUAUUAGUCAAAAUCGACGGUAUCUCUGGACCGCUGGCAUAAAGGAUUAUGAAGAAAAAACUGACUGUUGGCCUGAAAAAUUGAUUCGUGCGGAGCUCUUUGGUAUACUGAGGACAACUUUUUGAGGAGAACUCGUUCGGAAUAUCGAUGAGUCAACGGUGGUCUUUCCUACCCAGAAAGUUUCACGUAUAGGUCAGGGAACUCCAGGAGCAUUAUUGCAGUGUAGUCUUGAAUAGAGAACGUUCCAUAUUCCAUCGUUGAAGAGAGAAACGUUCGUGGAAUUCCAUGAGCAUUGCAAGUGUCGUCAUUGUUGAAGUUUGCCAAUUGUUUUUUUCCUUUCUCUUUUUUCUCGCUGUCCCGAAUGCCUGUCGAUAAUGGGGAUUGAUCGGACGGAUUGGAAAAAUAGAGAAUGGAAAAGGGUGGAGUGAAGAAAUAAUAUUGAAAAAACUACACGAAAACAUUCAAAUGGAAUAUUAUUCGUGCCUCUGGAAUUCGCAUUCAUACGUGAGUACGUGAAGAUCAGAAAAAACACGAGUUUCCUCCGUGCUCAAGAGCUUUCAAUAUAUUUGAGGGCGUGCACGUUCGCGCGGAACGCUUCGAAAAAAACUAAUAUUACAUUUUUUCUCCGUUUCUUUUUUUUCGGAUGAAAAAAAAAGAAAAAGCUUUGGGAAUCUCUUGUUCGCUGAGCUUGCACACUUUGCGAAAAUUCCUCUUGAACUCCAGCCCGCAAUGCUCGCCUCAAGAAACAUUUCAUCUAGAGUUUAAGCAUUUUUUACUUUCGUUACUAGGUCAAACGCCUAAGAAAUAAAACUGCCUGCGAAAAGAUGAGAGAUGAGACGAUGGAAUUGCAUUAGAGUGAAAAUAUCAAUUGAAUCGCAUUGAGAAAUAAUUCCGAACGAAAAAUCUAUAAAAUUAUUAUUAAUUAAAUAUGAUUUAUUACUUAAUCGCUGCUUAUAGACACUUCUCGACGACCUUCGUUUAUCGUUUUUUGAAUCCCUUCAAUGGUUAAGAAAUAAAAUUGGAUUUUUUCGUUCAUUUAUUGAAUUUUUUAGAAAAUAGAAUUCAUUCAUGUCGUCGACACGUGGCUAUGUGUUUGAUAAAAUUUGGGCACCACACUCGAAGAAAAUUGUUGAAAAAAAAACGUGGUACAAUAUUUUUGCCAUACUUAAUGGAAUUUCCCCUCUAGAAAUGGAAAACGUCAAAAGCAAAAGUUCUUAUUCCCUGCGUUGUACAGAAUAUUGAUAUAAAAAUGAGUCGAUGCGAAAAAUCAGAGUUGGUUUUGUAUAGCAGGAAGUAUUAGUGGCUGAAAUUAGUAGUUUAAAGAGAAAAAAAAUGUUUAUCGGCGCCAUAGGAAUGUUGUGAUAAUAACUCGUAAUAAAAAAAGGGCGUUUCUCUGGAGUAGAAAAGUUGCGCGAUCGGGAAGAAUUUAAGGGCGAACUGGGAAAUACUGUACAAGUUUGGUAGUGGAACAGUGGAGAACGUGGAAUGAAACGAGACGAGAGGAAAACGUAUAUUUCCAGAACAAAUAUUUACACGAAAAAGAGAAAGGAGGGUGAGCAGGAGGAGGCGGGUGGAGGGGGUAGUAGAAAAAGAAUAGAAGGAGAAGGGAUAACGGAACGAAAAGAGCUUGGAGCGAUGUUCGGGGGCUGUGUAUGUUGAAAGGGGAGGUUUUUUCGUAUAAAAAGAGCGAAAAUGUGUUUUCUGUUUGA